AUGACUAUGUUAAAAACCAAAUAUUUGAUUGUGGGAGGAGGUAUAGCUGGAGUAACCUGUGUAGAAACAUUGGCUAUCUUGCACCCUGAAGAAACCCUCACUAUUGUAACUGCAUCAUCAUUAGUUAAAAACGUUAGCAAUGUGAGCUUCUAUGCCAAAACAAUAGUUAAAUUUGAUGUACAUGAUACCGAAGCAAGCUCUUUAAAAAUGAUUCAUCCUAAUCUUGAUAUUGUGUAUGGUUCUUUAAAACAUCUAGAUACAAGUAAUAAAAUUGCUUUUACAGAUGAAGGUAUAUCUAUUUACUUUGAUGUUGUAUGUAUAUGCACUGGAGGAAUACCUAGAUUAAUAUCAGAUUCCAUAAAUUGUAAAAGAAUUUUGGGUAUUAGAGACACUGAGUCUGUGCAAGAAUUCCAAAAGAGGUUAGAAAAUGGUCGCAGAAUGGUUAUUGUUGGUAAUGGUGGGAUUGCAUCAGAAAUAAUUCAUGCUACUAGAGGCAUAGAGAAAGUUUGGGUUAUAAGAGAUGACUAUAUUUCAGCAACAUUUGUUGACCCAGGUGCAGCUCAGUUCUUGCAGGAUAGUUUCAAGGAUCCAAAGAAAAAAGAAAACACUAUCCUUAAAAGGCAUAUAUUCACAGAAGAGGAUACUUUAGUGUCAUUAAAUAAAAAUCUUAAAUCAGCAGCUUUAGGCCCUGACUGGUAUAGAAAGUUAAAAUCUAUUAAUAGUGAAACUGGAAAACAAGAGCUAGAAAUUAUUUAUAAAGCAGAGGUAGAAUCUGUUACAGAACAAAAUAAUGAAGAGUAUCCUCUGAUUGUGAAACUUUCCAAUGGGAAGACAAUUCAAUGUGAUUUCGUUAUAUCGGCAACAGGUGUUGAACCAGCUGUCAAUUUUACUUGGGAUACAAAACCAAGUCUUGGUGAUGAUGGUGGAUUAGCUGUUAAUGAACUGCAAGAGACCUCAAUAAAGGAUGUUUUUGCUGCUGGGGAUGUUGUAUCUGCCUCUUGGAAGUAUUCACCACAUUGGUUUCAAUUAAGGUUAUGGACACAGGCCCGCCAAAUGGGAGGCAUGGCCGCAAAGGCAAUGCAUGCUAGAAUAGUUAAUGAGGAUGUUCUCCAAGACUUUUGUUUUGAACUAUUCACACAUUGCACUACUCUAUUUGGUUAUCGAGUAGUGUUACUGGGAAAAUAUAAUGGGCAGGGCCUAGACAAAAAUUAUGAGAUCCUUCUUAGGGUGACUCGAGGUCAUGAAUACAUUAAAUUUGUUCUUCAAAAUGGUAAACUGCAGGGUGCAAUUUUAAUUGGUGAAACAGAUCUUGAGGAAAUGUGUGAAAAUUUAAUUUUGGAUCAAAUUGAUUUGACACCUUUUGGUGAUGAUAUCCUUAAUCCUGAUAUAGACAUUGAUGAUUAUUUUGAUUAA